AUGCCGGUAAUAACGAAGAAGCCACAUGUUCUUGUAGUACCGUUUCCACAAACCGGACACAUGGUUCCACAUCUCGACCUAACUCAUCAGAUUCUCCUCCGUGGAGCCACUGUCACUGUCCUCGUCACUCCCCAAACCUCUCCUUAUCUCGACACUCUUCGUUCACUUCACUCACCGGAAACUCUCAAAACCCUAACCCUUCCUUUUCCUUCACACCCUUUAAUUCCUUCAGGCGUCGAAACCCUUCAACAACUUCCUCUCCAAGCAUUACCUUACAUGUUCGAAGCUCUCUCUCGUCUCCACGACCCUCUCGUUGACUUUAUCAGCCGUCAACCACCGUCCGAUCUCCCUGACGUUAUCCUCGGAAGCUCUUUCCUCAGCCCUUGGAUUAACAAAGUAGCCGAUGCUUUCUCUAUCAAAUCCAUUUGUUUCUUACCAAUCAAUGCUCACUCUAUAUACACCAUGUGGGGUCAAGAAGAUAGAAGCUUCUUCGACGAGCUCGAGACUUGUACAACGGAAAGUUAUGGUGUUGUAAUCAACACUUUCUACGAACUCGAACCUGAAUUCGUAGAGAGUGUUAAAACACGUUACAUGACUCACCACCGUGUUUGGACCGUUGGACCGUUACUCCCCGUUAAAGCCGGGGCUAACCGCGGCGAACAAAGCUCAAUCCCGCCGGAGAAAGUAUCGGCUUGGUUAGACUCGUGCCCUGAGGAUAACUCAGUCGUUUACAUCGGUUUCGGUAGUCAGAUCCGUCUCACGGCAGAGCAAACCGCGGCUUUAGCGGCGGCUUUGGAGAAAAGCGGUGUACGUUUCAUAUGGACGGUUAGAGACGCGGCCAAGAAAGUAAACUCCGUAGAAGAUGAUAACGAAGAUGUGAUUCCGGUGGGGUUCGAAGAGAGAGUGAAGGAGAAAGGACUUGUGAUAAGAGGAUGGUCUCCACAGACCAUGAUCCUUGAGCAUCGAGCCGUUGGUUCUUACCUGACUCAUAUGGGUUGGGGUUCGGUUCUUGAAGGAAUGGUCGGAUGUGUUUUACUACUUGCUUGGCCGAUGCAAGCGGAUCAUUUCUACAACACGACGCUGCUCGUUGAUAAACUACGAGCAGGGAUUCGUGUUGGAGAGAACAAAGACUCUGUUCCUGACCCGGACGAACUCGCUAAGGUUUUGGCUGAGUCGGUGAAAGAGGAUUUGCCGGAGAGAGUUAGGUUGAUGAAGUUGAGAGAGAAAGGUGUGGAGGCUAUAAAAAAAGGUGGCAGCUCUUACAACGACUUAGAUGACCUUAUUGCAGAGAUGAAAAUAAGCAAAUGUGGUAAGGAAAAUGUUUGA